GAAUAAUCCCGUAGUCGGUGGUUCGCUUUGAAUUUACCGCCAUUCGCGCACUCACCCCUCACCACCUGUGAAUAGUGCGAGGGCGUAACAACAGGUGGCGAAAUUUCGAUAUUCGAUGAAUCGACGCGCGGCGACGGCGAGUUCGAGAACUAACCGGCUGACGAGUGGGAGGCCAGAGCAGAGAAGCUACUAAUGGCGGCGUUCAACUCUUCACAUUUGAAAUUAGCGUUUUAGUUAUGUGUACCGAGGGACUCGAACCACAUCGAGUUUCAAACAAAACGGGAAACAACGGCCCGUCGUAUUAGCGUGGUGAGCUGAGCUUGGCCCCGGGGCUGAGCACGUAGUUCUUCGCGCCUCGAACCUCUCGACGAUAGUCGGUGUCGGUGUUGAUGCGUGCGGGGUUAACCUAUUCAGGCUAGUCCCUUCGCUCUCGAACAAUGACAAUGAAUGAGGAUUUCAACUUCGCCGAACUUUGUCGGCUCUGCUCGUUGAAAAGCAACAAUCAUCUUCAGAUAUUCGACAAGGAGGGCGAGCAGCGGCAGCUCCUCUUCAAAAUUCGUUCCUGCAUACCAGCUGUGAUUACCAAAGAAGAUGCUCUCCCAAAAAAUAUCUGCCAGCGGUGCCUCUACAAAUUGGACAUGUUCUACGAGUUCAGAGCAAGCUGCAUGACGACUGACACUGUGCUAAAGAAUUACGCAGAUAGUUUAAAACAGCUAGCCGCUUCAGUCAACAGCCAGGUAUCAGAAAAAGAUAAAAUGUCCGGUGGUAGUCAGCAGCAACAGCAACGUACGGCGUAUGUUGAAGCCCAUGCGGUUGCUCAUGCUGCAGUUCAACAGCACAUGGCGCAGCAGGCAGCCCAAGCAAGACUUGCCGGUCCAGGUCCUCCUGCUGCUCCUCAGCCACCAAAUCCCACGUUUACCAUCCCAGAUGAUGGACUUGGAUACGACGAUGGUGUCCGAGUUCUCCGCUCCAUUGGGACCUGGUCACCAGAUUAUUCUGCCGCAAUGCGACCCGGAGGCGUAAUGCCAGCAUUUCCUACAGCCAAUGAGCAACAGUUCUCUAGAGGACCAACGGUCAAUCAGGCCCCACGUCCGAGACCAGGCUAUGCAUCUAAAGCUACAAAUACAGGAGAGCCUACAGUCAAAGCGUUUGCUUGCACGGUUUGCGGCAAGGGUCUUGCUCGUAAAGAUAAGCUGGUUAUACAUAUGCGCAUACAUACUGGUGAGAAACCAUAUUCAUGCGAAGUUUGCGGCAAAGCAUUCGCGAGACGCGACAAGUUAGUUAUACACAUGAAUAAACUGAGACAUAGACCGGGUGUGACUCCACUCUCAACUCCAACUGCGCCAAACUCGGAUCAGCAGCAACAGCAGCAGCAACAACAACAGCAGCAGCAGCAACAACAGCAACAGCAACAGCAACAACAGCAACAGCAUCAAAAUCGUCAAGAUGCUCUUCAGAAACCAAAAAUUGAACCUGUUAGCUGGGCUUGCGAACUUUGCGGAAGAGCUCAUGCAACCAGAGAGGAAUGGAUGCAGCAUGCAAGGUCUCAUCUUGAGGCUUCAGCACCACCGCAGCACGCCGCGCCAUAUUUUCCUGCAAGUGCUGCUCCACCACAACCCUAUACAUCAGAACGAAAUUUCUGUUUGAUGUGCCGCACAGAUUUUACGGACAAAGCUGAAUUCAUGUUUCAUGUUCGCUCGCAUUUUGAGCCUCAUUCACAACCGACUCCAUCCCAGCAUUCGAGUGGUAAGCAGGGUGCAGACUCUGCUACUGCCGAACUCAUCGCCCGUGGCUUAGUUGACCCCUCGGGCCUCUGUAGCUAGAACCACACCACCUACCAUUGCCUGUCGUCGAUUCGUGUCUUACCGUAGUGCAAACUUUCGACUCUGCCGUUGGCGAUGUGACAUAUAGAUUGAUAUAACAUCACGCGGUAAUCGGUGAUCGAAACGUUAGUGCCUAUGUGUCAUGGAUUUAUUAUUAAUCGAAGAUAUGUAACAGUGAAUAAUAAUUUUAAUCAUGUUAAUUUGGAUAGUACAGUCGGUCUUACUCAGUUUAAGUGGCCGAUGAAAUCAUGAUUGUUUAAAAAUCACGUGUGAGUAAUUUAGCCGCUAACUAGAUUUAUACACACAUAUAUAUCUAUUAUAAAUAUGAUAUACAUAUACAUAUUAUACAUAUACGUACAUAUACAUUGCUCGGAGAUAUCUGGUUAGAAGGAGUCGCAUGUCUAUUUUGUAUAACUUGCAUCAUUAUUAAGAGCAAUUUAUAUAUUUACAGUAUAUUUGAUGUGUAAAAGAACUCUCUUCCCGCGUUAUGAUUGAUUUACUUGUAAAUAUAUUAUAUUUAGAUCAGCGUAUUUUAUAAUUGUAGUUAUUAAUUUAGGCAUUAUACCCCGUAGUAUUUCAGUUCAUCGAUUUAUAAGUAUAUCUGAUACAAUAUCCAAUUGUAUAAUAUUGUCGCAACAUAAUUAUAAAUACACAUACACGCACACAUACAAUCAACAUUAGGGUGUUGAACAUCCAUUUGUUUCCUUACUUCCGCCCUCAAUUGUGCAGACGUUGAAUCUUCGAAAAUUUGUUAUCUUUGGUAGAAAUUUCGUAGAGAUCAAUAAAUUACUCAAAUAUAAUCAUAAACCCAAAGAUUCAAGAUAUGAGGUUUUUUAUUCUUUAUUGUGAGCUUACUGGUAAUUGCAAAAAUAAUAUUUUAAAAACAAAAAUAACAAGAUGGAACUUUGAAAUUUAAAAAUUGACUGAAGCAUUUCGUGUCUCAGGUUUGGACAAGUUCAAUUUUUAAUCUGAAGUAGCGGAUUUGAGGGAUGGAGUUGCAAAAAUUGCGAUGGAGAAUUGUUUUGGAUCUUCUCAUACCCUAAUAUAACUCAUCUCACGUGUCACAAGUUACGUAUACUUUUUACCUUGCACGGUGGAAUGAAUGAGCGAUUAGCAUAUCAAAGUAUUGUAAUAAGAUAACUUUACGUAUAAAAUAGUCGAGAUAUUGUCCGAUGCAAACUUUAGCGUCAAAUCUACGGUGUAAGAAUUGUUUUGACUUAAUCUUCGAACAACUUAGUUUUCGAUUGAUUUCCGGAUUUCACAAACAUGGCACUGCCUACUAAUUAUAAUAUUCCUUGAUUCCCACCGAUAAAAAGUACUUGCUCUCCGUCUGCUGUUUUAUUGCUCUAACAGCAGGAAUUUUUAAAUUUUCAAUACGCUAGUAAAAAGCGCAAUUGCAAAUUAUUUACAGUCUUAGCAUUGAAACUCGUAAUUGUUCUAUCGCUGUUACAUAAAAUAUAAGUUAUUCAUAAUGCAUUCAGAAUUGCUGUCAUUUUAUACUAGAAAUUAUUCUUCAGUGGUUACGUCACGAGAUUAACGCUAUAUCACGUCAUUUUUUUUUUCCUAUUACAGAAACUUUUACGCCCUCUACUCGACUAUGUUAGUAUCUUGUUGAGUUAUUAUCGUAGAAUGAUUGAACGUUAUGAAAAUUGUUGUUUAAGUUUGUGUCCAUGUCGCAAUUUAUUUUUAGAGCCACGGGACUAAUUAACUUACUUGAUAUUAUUUGGGAGUUGGGGAGGUGGCGAUCACCAGAUCAGAAAAGUACCGACAUCUGCUCCCAUCUUCAGCAUGCAGGGAUCACGACAUCAUCUGAUUGAUUGCUGAAGACGGAAACAGAUUCCACUGCCUGAAAGUCAAGAUAAAGGUAUGAUAAACCGAUGGAGCUAGUCCCACCAACCCCAAGAAAGCUCGGGAAAAGCAGAGUGGAUAGGGAGGAAGUCAGGUGGACCCUCCUUUCACCACCACUCCUAAACUCCCAAAUAAUACCAUGCAUGAUAUGCCAUUACUACUAAAUUUCAGACAACAACUAAUCAAUUUUGGAUGAAAAAGUAACUACAUAUUGAAAAUUUGUCUAAACUGUGAGGUAUUUUUGGAGUCUUAUCAGAAUGACGGGUGAGCUUGCUACACAUGCAGAACAUAGUUUUUGAAGUGCUUUGAGAAUUAAAACUUUUUAUAAAAAUGUUUGCUGUAACUACUAAACUUCAAAAAUUGUACUCCAACUAACGAGGAACGCAGGCACAGAAACGAAUCAAUUAAUGCUAAUGAACUUUUUCUAAUUUCACAUGAGACUUUCUAUUUCAAUCUUCAGAAUAGUAUUUGAUUUGAAAAUUUAUUGAAAAAGAAUUAUAUGCAUUAACGGUGAGAAACUAAUAAUAACAGAUAGGCAAAAGUGUUUCAAAAUCUUUUCACAUUUUGGCGAGAUCCGAAAUUUUGUGCUUGUUUUUCGGAUUAGAUUCGUUUUAUUAUGGUGGAAUUUGGUGAUUUGUACGUUUUCCUUUUGACUAUCUGUUCUGACAGUUUCUUGUGGCCUGAUGUUGUUCCGUUCUAAGUUACUUUAACGUUAGUUUCAUCCGAUUUGAUUAAAACUUCAUUUUUCAUAGUAUCGCCGCGUUGCCACACCAUGCCGUAUCUUGUACGUUUCGGGAAAAAUAAUUAACCCUAGGAGUACACACUCUGACUUCACAGACGCGAUUGAAGUUUCAAAGGACUGGUACUGUGAGACCUUUGACCUAACAGAAACGACUCUGCCGCGUAAAAUAUCUUUGGUCUUACUUUGCACAUUGAAAGAGUGCACAAGAAAGCCUGGUGUUUCUCAGACCGUCGAGGUUUUUUUUAGUAAUGAUCGAAAAUUAGGACAACGUAUUUUCUUCCCCAAGCAAGAAAUCCAUAUUACCUCAUCUAUAAUCUGUGAGGAAAUGAAAAUCAUCUCAGUUACUUCCAAAGCCAUGAAUUUUUUUAUCCAUCAGUGCAAAACUCGCUUUUCUCCUUCGGCGAAACAUUCCAUUUACUUGGACGCUUUUCUUGGGCACAUUACGAAUUGAAAUCAUAUCUAGUUUUCACAAAUGCCUUCUUAACUGCAGUCUGCUCAUUCACUUAGAAAACUAAACAUUCAAAUAGACCUAAUUUUGCUGAUGUUGUCUGCAUCUGACAGACCGAGUGUAUGAAAGUAGACAGAGAGAAAUAUGUGUUUACUCCUAGGGUUAAUACACUUACACAUUUUCGAACCCGCACUUGAUACAGCUUCAAUGGCACUUAGUCUUGUCUAGAUACAUACAUACAUAUACAAUAUACAUAGGUACAUAAGAUUUAUUCUAGUGAGGAAGCAGCGAGCGCGCUGAGUUUUACUGUGCCUCCUUUGUAGACGUGUUAUUUUAUUAGCGUUUUACACUUUUAUCUUGUUUUUAAACUUGUUGACUUAGCCAAAAAUUUGACUGACUAUUGAUUGUAACUAUCUGUAAUUAUUAUUAUUAUUAUCUUCAUUAUAGAUAGACUAAUUAGACCGAAAAUAUAGAUUUGUAAGAAAAACCUCCCUCGAGAGAGAUAACUAUGUUUUAAAAAAAAAAGUUUUUCAUCGAUUUUGGUGAAAUAUCCACUUUUCUGUUUCGUAGACUGUGAAUGUCAUUGUAAUCUCUGUUCAGAUUAUAUGUCAAACCUAUCGCAACCUUUUAAAUAUUUUUGUUUUCCUUGGCGAUGUCGCUAUAUCGAUAUGUAUAUUACGUUGUCAAAUCUCUGACAAUACACAACAAUCGAUGAAACUUGUUUUGAAAUUUAUUAUCGUGUACAAAAUUUUUGGUUCAACUAUGAGGCCCGAAACUUAAGAAAGUGCGUAUUAUUGCAAACAUGCAAUUGACAUUCUGUACGCGUGUAUAACUGAUAGUAUUCAAAAUUAUCGAAAUUUUACUGUCGUUUGUAACCGACUGUUGUUACGAUUUGUACAGAUAUGGAUAAUUGAUCGAUCUCUUUGUUUUCUAUUAUAUUAUAUUCGGUAUUAAGUAACAUAUAUAAUUAUAUACGUAUGCAUUCGAUUUUUACCCACAAUGUACUGUAAAUUUAAUGAAAUUUAUUCUAACUGCUUCAAGACUACAGUGGCGUUUCAAAUUUGCACAUUAGGUCGCCUUGAACUGGUCAGUGGUCGACCAUAUUCGAGGUACAGUACGGUGAUUAUUGGUUAGGGCGGUGAUGUUUUUAAAUUUGGACCGGGUCAUGCAGAAAAAAUGAAUUAAAAAUAUAAAGCAAAACGACCAGGCCCACAAAAUGAAAAGAAAAGAGAAAGCAAUUGGGAAUAUUGAUGAACGAGUAAUGUUUCGCAUUGUUUCCUUCUUUAUUGCGCAUAGUGCCUUCUCUCUGGGACAUGAUAAUUACGUAUUGUAUAUGUAUAUUAAUUAUGUGUUUAUAUAUAAUUUUGACUUGCACGGUAGGAGGCACAAUGGCGUAAACGUUAUUACUAUUACUAUUACUGCUACUAUUAAACAGAUAAAUAUAUAAAUAAAUAAAUAAGUUAGGAUAGAUUAUUUGAUGCUGUUUGGUGUCGUCAGGAAUGAACAUUUGACGACACUGCCUCUAGCAUCUGUUUUAGACUACUUUUAUACCGUUAAUGUCACACGCAGCUAAUCAGAGUUGGUACAUUACUGCCAUAACCAUAACAUACAAUGUAUACUCAUAUACCUAUACCUUUAUAAAUAAAAUAUAUAAAAUAA